AUGACUUGGCUAGCCCUUGUGAAAUUUAGUGCCACUUUAUAAAUUGUUGCUAAAGCCAACGUUUGGUAUUUGCUCAGUAAUAACUGAGUUUAGAGCAAAAAUUUCGGUGUAGCGGCACAUUAGGUGCAGACGCCAACAGUGUGCAAAAGGCUCUAAGCAAGGAGCGAAAGCAAAGAAUUAAAUACCUAAGUGCACAAAAAAAAAACAAACAAACAAAAAAAAAUACAUAUAGAAAAAGUUGGAAAAGAAAGAAAAACAUAAAUCGCGAAAAAUUAGCAAAACUGUAAAGGAAAUUAUCUACGUGUUAAAGUUUUUCGUUAUUUUUUUGGUGGAAUCUUCGGAUUUUCACCGGAUUUACACAUAGUACAUAUAGUACUCGCUUAGUUUAUCGGCUGACGUAGUUUCUACGUUUGCCGAGCCGCGUGUUUUACGCGCCAACAACAACCACAAGCACUAGCCGAUUGGUUUUCUAGACAGUUUAUUCUGAAGGGAAACUGCAUCUAAGGCUCUAUUUAGAGACCGUUUAGAGGUUCCCCUACAAUUUCUUUGUUUCUUUACAACAGUGAGUUAAAACCCUGUUCAAAAUGGCAUCUUUCAACGCAACCCAGACUUGCCAAUCAAGGCCCACAAGCGAAUCAAACCACAACAACAAGAACAUUUAUACAACCGACGUCAACAACAGCAGCUACAAGAUCACAAAGGAUUACGAAUACGGCAACACGAAACAAGAUAAUAUUGACGAUCCAGGAGCCACGCCAACCAUUACAAGCGCACGUUUACGAGGCCCCAACGAAUUUGGCUUGCACGCACCAGCAAGAGGAGCCCCAAACUCUAGCAAUUCAGCUGAAACCAUCGCAAAGAUUAUUGGUGAUAACAGCAGCGCCCUCUACUGGGCAACCGAGAAUCGUGCAAAUUCGCCCGCAACAACAGCGGCAACAGCAGAAGCAGCAUACGCAGCAAACCCAGAAAACGCAAGCGAUAAGCUUACCACAGAUCCAGAGAGCGCGCUUAGCAGCAAGAUCAAACAGAAUAACAAGUUCUCGUGCCUCAGCAAUCAGAGUACCCUUUUUACCAGGCUCGCCGUCAACGCCGUCUGCAGUGAAACAGAGUUCGCUAACAAAGAAAAACUCAAACUUGGUGACUUUAACAUCCCCGCUGCGAAUAGAAGGUCUACCGACAAACAAUCGAAAUUCGAUUACGCAAUUAACGCAAACGCAAAGGCAAACGCCAGUUGUGACGGAUUCGGCAGUCACCGACACCGUCUACUAUACGACAGUGUUACAUUCACCAUUUCAUACUCAGAAUCAGGAUCUGAGCCAAAAUCUGAGCCCGAACCAGAGCCAGGAUUCGGAGAUAAUAUUGAACUCCGCAGAGAAUACAGCAACAAGCAAUUAUACGAAAUUGUGUGCGCCACAGCAGCAGCAACAAUCGUUGCAUACAUCUGUGCAAUUUUCGCAAACGCAAACGCAAACGCAAACGCAAGCACCAAGAACACUCGCCACAAUGGCUGGGAUUCAGUUGACAGGUGCCGACGAGCAUGUGUCCCCCUCGUCCAUGAGUGGAGCAACGCCUACUGCUACAGUUGAAGAGAUAAAUGUUCCGGUAUUCAUAGAUGAAUACCAACAGCAGCCAGCAGCUACGACUACUGCAGCAGCAACAAAUAUCAACUACAGCCUAAUCGGUGGCAGCAACAGCAGCGGCAUCGGCAGCAACGCCAACAGCAACUGCGAUAACAACAACAACAACAACAACAACAGCUACAAUAUACUAGACGGCGACGAAUUUGAGGAUUUUGAAUUUGACAUGGAAAUGCUUGCAGAUAGCAGCAGUAACGUAGAAAUGUUCAUUACGAACAACAGCAACAACAGCAACAACACCAGUACCACCAACAACACCAUCAACAACAUAAGUAACGAGAUGAAUUAUAUCAACGACACAUUUACCGGCUGCAGCAGUAACAACAUCAAUACUAACAACAUCAGCAACAAUAAAAAUAACAACAAUAUGUGUUACAAUACAAAUUUGAUCAAAAGUGAAUAUGUAGAAGAUCUAUCCCAACAAUAUCUCGUUUCGUGCGAUCUCCUAAAUUUGGAGGAAUGGCAGCCAAGCCAAGAUUCUACAUUGAAUAUCGAUUCUAUGCCAGAUUUGCCCGACAUCAGCGAAAACGCAGUCGAUUUCAAUAACUGCAAAGAACUGGACGACAUUUUGCUUAGCUCACAAAAUCCUAUGUUCGCAUGUGCUUCUGUAUGCAGUAGCAAUAAUGUGAGCAAUAGCCAACAAAUGCAAUUUAAUUUCAUCGACAACUCGGAGCCUUUCGUUCCGAAAAUUGAAGAUGACGACAUCUUUUGUGAGGGCGACAACACGUUCGUAGCAGUCACCGAACCGGUGGCAAUGGCAGUAGCACCCGUUAGUCUACCAUCAGUAUCAACAUUAAAACACAGCACCAGAUUGCGUAAUAAGCGUCUGAAGGUGCAUCUACCAACUGUGCCAGCAGAAGAUCCACUCUCCACGCCAAUUGUGCUCGGUGGCAUUGUAGAUCUGCAGGAUGAAAAAAUGGAUAUUGAGUCUUCUAUUUAUCUGGGAAAUUCCGUUGUUAAUAUUGGAGAUAUUGUAGAGUCUUUGAAGGAUCAUACCAGUCCGUACACAUACACCGAUGAGGAAUCACCAUCGACACCGCAAAGCAGUUACUCUUUUACAACAAGCACAACUCCCUACUCACCCGCGCCAUCCAACAUCUCGUUCAACCAACAGACGAAUAGUAAUAAAAGGAAACGUGGCCGUCCCGCUAAGCAGCACAGCGAUCAACCAGAUCCAGCGCAAUUAGAAAGUAUGCCAGAUGUGGACCGCAAGAGACUACUCGAUCGUGCAAAGAACAACGAGGCCAGCCGGGUUUCACGUAGAAAGAACAAAGAACGCGAAGAGCAGGAAAAAGAAACAGAGCGUAAGCUGUUGGAGCGAAAUUUGAUGCUACGAACGCGAAGAAAGGAGUUGGUUAAGAUGGAGAAAAAACUAAAACGUGCUCUUAUGCGAGCCGCACCUUUUGCACUGUAGUUGGAAUGGAGGGAUCCAUGAGAA